AUGAGACAGACAUUAAGUGAAAUAUACAAUAACAAAGAAAUUAAUUAUGAGGAUAAUGAAUUUGAUAUUGAAACAGGGAAAGCUAUUAAAUGGUCAGUAGAGUAUAAUGAAUAUUUUCGAAAUAUCAGUAUAAAAGCUCAAAAAAUUGAUAACAAAAUAAAUUCUCAAUUUCCAACAAUUGAUAAUGAGACAAAAGAAGAAUUUUCAACAAUUGAUGAAUAUG